AUGCAAAAUAGAUUUACAUUACAGCUUCUGGCUAUACAGGUAGCAUCUGAAAUACGAUAUACAGAGAAUCAAAGUAGAGAUAUUAUAAAGAGGAAAAUAUUAAAUCACACUAGCUCAGAUGAUCAUGAUGACUGUCUAGAUAUGGUAAAAGACUUCACCAAUCCUUUAAAAUUUGAUAAUAGGCGGGGUCUUUAUUUAGAGUUAAGUUGUCAAACACUCACUUUAGGAGAUAGAGUAAGACGAGGACCGGAUUGGACUUACGAUGAUCAAGAUUUAGGUCUCCCAGGAACAGCUGUUGGACAAGAUCGAGACGGUUGGAUUAUAGUAGAAUGGGACCAUGGAUCUAUCUAUCCAUAUCCGCAUGAUGAACAGAUGGAUAGACUUCAAUUAAGAAAAUCCCAUGAACCUAGAAUUUUGAGACGGGUCUAG